UUUCUUUGUUCCUUUGCUGCCCUCGAGGGAGAAGUUGAUUGAAGGGGGGCGCUCAAGCCCCUCCUUUCCUUCCUUACCGUAUCAUCAUCGUCGCAACAUCAUCACACUGACAUCAAGAGCAGCAUGCCAUCCAGACAGCCUCCUGCAGGAUCUGAUGAACCAAACACACAGCCGGGUGGCGCGGCUCAGCGUGUAACCUCACACGCGACAUCGAGACCGUCUGAGCAAUUUGUUGUCAACUCGGCGUGGCUAGCUUCGCUAGCAAGCGCUUCUCAAAACGAUACAAAUCCUGCGAGCAGCACCAACUCUGCACCCUCUCAAUCUACUACUUCAGCUGCGCCUCGAUCCGCUUCAAGUCCAAGUGGCUUCUCUCAACCCCUGGGCUCGCCUGCUCGACCGCAGCCCACGAAUGGCAACAGUAUCAGCAAUGGAAUGGGUCAAGCGGCAACUGCAUCGGCAGCAACCAACAGGCCCACAGCAUCAUCGACUGGAUUAGGCGCUGCAGCACGAGCCAUGUGGGGUGGCGGUGGUCAGCGAACACCACGACCGCCAGCACCCCCGGCCAGUGCUUCCGCGACCAAUUCCUCUUCUCGUGCGGCCACUCAAGGCAAUAGCGGCGCCGCGAGCAAUCGUAUGCGCGCAGCUGCUCCAAUCUUCUCUCCCUCGUCCACCACGGAGCAUCGUCAGCCUGCUUCUCGGGCCCAGCAGCAACGCCAACAGCAACAGCGCCCGCCUGCACGACCUCGUGAGCGUCUCCGCGGCCGCCUGGUGCCGGCCGAUCAAGCUGGGUACGACUACCUUGAGAGGGCUGAGCUUCUUCCCGAGGACGAAGCUUCAAUCAACGAAUAUCUCGACGGCGUACGGCUGCUCACUGCACUGUACAAGCUGCCGUUCACGGCUCCCGAUGGACGCCCAGCCCUCGCCGCUGUUCCGGGCGAGUUCUUCCCUCAGGUCGAAGAGGUACGCAACGAGCAGUCUUCAGGUGUUUACGGGCGACUUGACGCCUUUCGAGAGCUGGAACAUAUGCUCAGAUCUGCCAAUGGGACGACCUCUGGUCCCCCUCCUCGCCCGCCACCGACGGGCCCUCGUAUGAUCCCUCUGGCUCCAACGGCGCCCACUUAUGUACCAGACUGGGCAACAGACCGUCCUUAUUCCUUCCUCUAUGACAUCGAGAGCGGCUGGGGCUGGCCUCUGUUUAGCGUCACAGACGUCUCGAGAGCAAGCUACCCAAACCCGCGCAAUGCACACUUUGUCAGCGGCCCACCCUUCCCAGUGGUCCUCUACGACGACAUGGGCCUGUCACCGGAUGAUCUUACGGAAUCGCUACCCUGGGGCGAAUCAGCGCAACGCUGGUCAAGGCUACGAGAGGAGCGUGACAAGAACCCGAAGAAGGCUCGCAGCUAUGUCGACGGGCUCGAGACAGUCGACGCAGAUCUGAGGAAGCGUAUGGCUCGACUCGAGAUCGGGGAGCUUGGAGCGUACGCCGAAGAAGACGGUACUAGCAGUGCAGCAAGUGAUGCGGGGCCAGGAUGUCCUGUCUGUCUUGAAAUCUACGACGAGAGAUCCGACAAGCCGGAGUGGGCCGGGGGACAAGCAGCGCAGGACGAGCGCGUGGUCGUGGUCCCAUGCGGCGGCUUCCAUUGCAUGCACCGAAAGUGCUUGCUCGAAUGGCUCGCAGGAGCUCAGUCACCGCAGCAUUGGACUUGCCCCAUGUGUCGCACGGCGCUCUCUGAGACUGCAGAGGGAAAUGGAGAGGAAUCAAGCAACGGCAAGGGAAAAGGCAAGGCUACGACGACGAAAGCUUCACUACGUGAGGAGAUAAGACGGAGGGAGAAGGCGAGGGGGUUUCUGUGCGACUAUGGAGCAUGCCUUCCCGAUUACGAUACGCCGCCUGAGAACAGCACAGGAGAGAACGCGGUCAGUCUCAACGACAAUGAAGCACGAGCGCGUCUUGACGCUCAGCUGGACAGGCGCCUCGUCACACUGCGGCCAUGUGGUCACCAGCUGCAUCGCGAAUGCUUGACAACGGUGACGCGAGUAGCAGGCGGUGGGAAGAUUGACUGGAGCGACCCGGAGCAGAACAUCGACGACCCUCAAUGCCCCGAGAUGGACGGCGAAGCAGCGAAGAAGGUCCGAAAAGUAGGCCAUUGGGUCACAUGCCCCGUAGACAAGCGCGACGCCUGGGCUGUCAUCCCAGUCCUGCCGAAGCAGGAGACAGGCCAAGGUAGCGGCGGGAUGCACGGUGCAGAGGAGGACGAUCUUGCAGCCCAAGUCGACUAAGGGUAUCGUCAUGGCAGAGGCCAGCCCUGCCCUGACGAGCAUUAAGUUGCGUCGUGCGAUUCAAAGCAGCGACUGCGGUCAUCACCACCGGUCCUCCAAGAAGCACGUUUUCAGAGGUCCGUCAUUUCGAUAUCCACUCAGUCCAUUUGUGUCUGCCUGUCAGAUUGAGCUUAUUCAUCAAUACCACAUCUCUCACUUCAGCUUGAGGUAACGGGCAUUGCAGCGAGCGAGAAGCGUUUUCCCGUAGCUCGACUGACCAGGCACCCUUUCCGCCCCUCCCUCUGUGUCGCGUGCGGACGCGCUUCCAC